AAGUGGACGUGAUUAGUGUGCGAGCACGUGCGAGCAGUUUGGAGCAAUUUUAACAAGCAGUUUUGAGCAUUGAGGAAAAAGACCGCUUUAGUUGUUGAGUUGUUUUCAGGUUUUUUUCUGACUGAAAAUGUACUAUGGAAUUCUCUGUAUGACAUGCAAUCGAUCUCCUAAUUUUAGAGAUUCUACUAGGGGGUCUCACGGAAAAGAUCGGGAUGGUCAUACUCAGGUUUCUCUUUGAUUGUAAUCUUAUCAUUUAUUUACAAAACGCGCUGCCAAGACGGUGAUGCCCAUGCGGAACGUCGUUUGCGCGGGAACGAUAAUUCUGUGUCAUAGAGCUCUUGCAAGAUUUAAGAUCGAUCAUGCCUAUCACAAGUACAAAGUUACAAGUUGAUGGCAUUUAGACUAAUACGCAGAGAAGAUAUAAAUAAAAAUCACUUGUAGUACAUUACAUAUAAUAAACAUGAAGAAACGUCAGUUAUCACAGAAGAAGAUUUCUGUCAAUGAUGUCGGUAAAUCUCAGACAAAAAUAUCGUCGUUCUUUACAAAAAUUCCAAAAGUUGCAGUAGGCGACAAUAAGAUUGUAUCAGAUACAAGCUCUUUAUUUCGAACUUCAAUUGAAAGAAAAAGGAAGGAAAGAGACGAUGUGCUCGAAGAGGAAUCCCACGUGAGUAUUAAGAAGAGAUGUAAUGCAAGUGAAGAGUCAUUGAAGGAACGUUGUGUUGCAAAGACUGAAUAUUUUGAAUCGGACAAGGAUCCAGUAUUAUCUGUAUUUGAUCAUUUAGAGAAGUCGCAUAGUAAUUUUAAAGAGAAUAAAAUGACGCGUAAAGACGCAGUAUUCCAGAAAGUAAAAAAGGAAGAAAACACGUUGAUAAGCGAGCAGAAUGUUUUGCAGGAUGCUGCCAGUAUUAGAAAUACAAAUGUUUCUGAUGAUACUCACAGUAAUGGUCGUGUUCUUAAAGAAACGCAAGACAUAAAUACUGUUGCUUUAAAGUCAUCUGUUGUUGAAUCGUCUAGGCAUGAAAAAGCUGAGUUACAUGAUUCGAAGAAGAUUGAAUUAUCUGAACAGUUCUCAAUGAUGAUAAACGGAGAUGAGCUCGACGAUUUCUUUGAACAGGAGUGGCAGCCGCAGAUUGAUUUUACCAUUCUGCAGAGAUGUAAAAUAAUCGACGUGAAGCAUGAAUCGAGAGUUACUGUGUUGACGGUGCAGCACUUGGAGUCUGAAAGCAUCGACACUGUCACAUGUACAGAAUCUUGGAAAGACGCACGAGUGAAGAUUGAUGAUGUUGUCACGAUACAAGCGACGAAAGAUACGCGACGAUGGAUUAUAGACAAUAAUAACGGUCUCCUCGUUACACAGCCCGAUAUGCUAAUAUCGGGUACGACAAUAAUGGGCGGUUUAUUUUGCAACAGGCGAGCCGUGUUGAGCGAGAAGUUCCGGAAGAUAGAGUCGCUGCCGAAUUUGGACGGCGAUUAUUCUUUAAUGACCAUCGGAUCUCUGGUCCAUCAAUGGCUGCAAAGGGCGUUGCAAGAGAACAUCAGCGCGCUGUCCGAUGUAAUCAUACUAUUGGACAAGAUGCUACGGUCGAAGGACACAUUGAACUAUCUCUAUGCGUCGGAAUUAUCGUUCGCGGAUUGUAGAAAACGCAUGAUGGAGUACGCCCCAAGGAUUUUCGAGUUUAUUCAACAUUACAUCAAAGGUAAUAAGCAACAGCAUAUAAGCAAGCUAAAGGAUAACUUUCAGGGGAGUAUCAGUAACAUCCAGGACAUCGAGGAGAACGUUUACAUACCAAAGCUAGGUAUAAAGGGGAGAAUAGAUGUAACGGCAGAAGUGACCAUCAAUUCGAGGAAAAGGAUUAUGCCUCUAGAGGUGAAAACUGGAAGGGCCUCCUAUUCGCAUGAGCACAAGGGCCAAGUUAUUCUCUAUCUCAUGAUGAUGAGCUUCAUGGAUCAAGAUAUUGACACCGGACUUCUGUUGUAUCUAAAGGAAAAUGCGAUGCAAGAAAUUAAGAGCAGGCAUCAUGAGAAGAGGGACUUGAUAUUACUGCGAAACACCUUGGCGUAUUAUUUUGCUAAGAAACCCGAGGAUUCGCGGAACAUGAACUCGGAGUCGGAUCUGAAGGCGCUGGAAUUGCCCGAGCCGAUAAAUCAUCACAGCGCGUGCGGCAAGUGUCCCUAUCAGGCUUUAUGCUGCGCGUAUUUGGUAAGAGAUUCGAAUGUAAAUUUAUCACCGUCGCAUCCGCUAACGGCGCUAAUGAAAGAAUUGAAGGAUGACUUUGAGACCAAUCAUUUGGAUUACAUUAUGAAAUGGAUUGCGUUAUUGCAACUGGAAGACAGCUAUGAAAACAAAAGCAACAGCUUAAGCAGCAUUUGGACGAUGAGUCCCGAGAAGAGGGAGGCGAGAGGGACGUGUAUCUGUAACUUGAAGACUAUAGGUAAGGUGGUGAAGCGAAAUGAUAGAUAUGAGCAUAGAUUUGCACGCGUCGACAUUAAGGGGGAAACUAACGAGAACGGCGCACUUGGCGAUGCGUUCGACGAGGAUGAUUUUAUUUUUGUUAGCACGGAUGCACGAAUUAAUAUAGCCGCCGGGCAUAUAAUACACGUUUCGCAUGACGUUGUCGCGGUCCUAUUGGACAAAGAUAUUGCACGACUAUACGCACAUUCUACGUUCCACAUCGACAAGUAUCCCUCUACGGGAUUGUCUACGUUCAAUUACGCGAACGUGGCUGGUCUGUUGAGCAAUGACGAGACGAGCGUUAGGCUUCGACACAUCGUCAUCGACAGAAGACCGGCCACGUUCGUGGAGAAGUUGCCACGUUCAGUGGUGUCUGCUAGCACCGAACUAAUAGGCGAUCUAAAUGAAAAUCAACAGAGAGCCGUGCUGAAAGCAGUGGCCGCCAACGAUUAUGUCUUGUUAAAAGGCAUGCCGGGCACGGGGAAAACGAAAACAUUGGUGGCUUUAAUUGAGUUGUUGCAGAAGCUGGGCUUCAGCGUGUUGAUCACCGCGCACACGCACAGCGCGGUAGACAACAUCCUCCUCAAGCUGCUGGAAAGAAACCUCGACUUCCUGCGCCUGGGUUCGGCAAAGCAGAUCCAUCCGCUGUUGACGUGCAAGAGCGAGGAAUACGCGAUCGCGAGUUGCGAUUCGCCGGAAGACCUGGAGGCGCUUUACAAUAGCAAACAUAUCGUCGGUGUAACCUGUUAUGGUGCGUAUCACGCGCUUCUCAGGAGACGCAGAUUCGACGUGUGCGUAGUCGAUGAGAGCGCGCAGAUCGUGCAGCCGACGGUGCUACGGCCGUUGUACAGCGCGCGCAAGUUUGUCCUCGUCGGUGACCCGGAUCAGCUGCCGCCCAUUAUUAAGAACAAAAUCGCCGCAAAACUCGGCGCGGAUGAGUCUCUGUUUAUCAGGCUAGACAACGAUGAUAACACUAUCAAUCUGUACAAGCAGUACAGAAUGAACGGGAGAAUCAUGCAGCUGGCGAACGAUGUAACGUAUCGCGGCAAGCUGAUGCCAGGCAGCAAACAGGUUGAGAACGCAACCCUGACCGGCGUAAACAUAGAGCAAGUUCUCUCGUCCUGCGAGAGGUGGAUAAGAAAUGCUCUUUCCAGGCACUUGGACGACUCUGUGAUGGUACUUGAUACCGGGAGUACUUACAAUCUGAACGUGGAGUCUGGCAACAGGGGCGUUACGUCGGAUCAAAUGUACUCUAAUAUCUGGGAAGCCGCCAUUACCUUGCGUCUCGUUCAGGUGCUCACGGAGGCAGGCGUCUGCGCUAGAAAUAUAGGAAUUAUCGCACCUUAUAACAACCAUAAAAAUUUAUUGAGGAAGAUUAUAGAUAAAGAAGUAGAAGUGAAUACCGUAGAUCAAUAUCAGGGACGUGAUAAGGAUGUUAUACUAUACUCGUGUACGAAGAGUGUCGAGGAUAACACAAAGAAGGAAUUUGAGAUAUUGGACGAUCAGCGACGCUUGACAGUAGCUAUCACUCGUGCGAGGCACAAGCUGAUCAUAAUCGCUGAUAAGGUCACAUUACUGAGAUACAAGCCAUUUAAAAAUCUGUUUGACGUCAUCGAUGAGAAGAAUAUGAUAAAUCUGCGCGACGGCGAGGACGACUUCAGUUGGAAGAGUCUUAUUCGUAGAAUUGACAAUCACAAUAAAGAAUCGAAGGAGCAAUCGAGUAACAAUUUAACAUUAGAAAAAUAGACUUAAACUGUUUGUUUUCUGUUCCUGAAUUCCCUCAAUUAGUGUGCACUUAAAAUGAAAUAGAUAUAAGUUUUGAAAGUUAGCAAAAACAAAAAGAAACAUUCCAGUGCAGUCUAGUGCAAGAAUAGAAAACAAGCCUAUUUAGUUACGUUUAGUGUCAAUAUUUUAUAAAAUUACAAUUGUUCCAAAUUGUACAAUUUACGAAAACCUCGCAAUAUACACGAUAUAUCGAGAUAUAAGUAUGUACGAGAUUUUGUAAAAAAAUAUAUUUAUUUUCAUUUUUUUA